AUGGAAGUAGGGAUCCAGGCUAACCGUGGAUUUGAAGCCGUGGCAGGUCUCAGCGAUCUGUUCGCCCAGUCCACCUUAACUGGAGCCUUGAAGUUAUCCUCUCCAAGCAGUUUGGGAAUGAGAUUGGAGACAAAUUCUAGGUCGCCCCUGCUCUUCGUUCUCCCGGAUACCUAUGAUUCGGAUAUUUUGCCUUCUAGAGCGACCCUCCAGAAUGGAGGAUCCAAGAAAAUAGAUGACCUCUUUGAAAGACUUGGCCUUGAUGUAACCUCUAAGAACAAACUCACCAAAGGAUGCUUCCUGGAAAUAUCCUCCUCAUCAAUACAGAAUAAGGAGUCCAAAACUGAGAAGGAUCUGGUUCACACUUUCAUGCAAAGGCUUCUCACACUAGAUUACACAGCAAAACAUCUUUCUGUUAAAACUGAAGGACCAAUACCAAAGUCUCAACACACAGCUGGAACAGGUAGCUUGUUUGCUAAGAAACAUGCUGGAAACAAAGAAAACAAACAGGUUAAAGUUCAUCCAAUGGAUGUUCAGAUGGUGGUGUUCUUCUGUGCAGAUCCUUUUCUUCAGCAGAUCAUGGUAACUAAGCUCUCUCAGUGUCAGUAUGCAGUUCCUCUGCUGGUUCCAAAUCCUUUCUCUGGAGAUAUUGAAUUCCCUCUGUGGACGAUGCGCCAGAUCAGUAAGAGCUGGAAGACCACGGAUAAAUCAGGAAAGGUCAUCAGUAAGACCCUGCCCAUGUACAAAGCUGAAACUCCAAUGGUGGCGUUCUUCAGGAUUGGUUCCAUUUCUUCAUCCAAGUCUCAGCUGAUGAACAGGCUGAUCAAUGAGAAGCACGACACGUUCUUCCACAGGUACUGUCCAGGCAGCAGCAGAGAGCGUCUACUGAUGGACGGAGUGGUGGAGAUCGCCUGGUACCUCCCAUCUGGAAAAAGCACUGAUCAUUUCUCAGACUGUGUAGCGUUCUGUAAUCUACAUGGAGAUUCCAGCAUCAACGAGACUCAGAGAAAGAUUCUUACUGGAAUGUCCUCUGUGAAUGUUGUACUUUUACCUGAACUUGAUGAGAAGGAUAAUAAUAUGGUUUAUGUGAAGGAACUCUUUGAGGGUUCAAAACCUCUCAUUGUUGUUCUGACUGAUGAAGAGGAUGAUGAUGAAGAUGCUGUGUGUGAGAUCGGAGAGAGAAAAUACAGAGUAUCACUGAAGGGCAGAAACCAGUCUGAUGUUUCUGUUGCUCUCAGAGAAGUUAUCAAGAACUGCCUCUCAAAACAGCCUGUGACUUUCUGUCUGGAGAAGAUAGCAGAACACUCAGAGAUGAAGGUGGAUGAGAAUAAUGAAAAAUGUCAGAGAGGAAAGGAAGCUGCACAGGAGAUGAUGAGAUUCCUGGAGAGAGAAGAUCCAUCAACAAUCAAAGAAAUUUAUCUGCCCUGCCAGGGGAAACUGUGGCAUGACUGGAGCCAAAAAAACAAAGAUCUGCGACGACUCAAAAGUGAGACAGCAGAAAUAGAGAAAAGCGAGAAAGAAAAUAAGUUGAGGGAAAUAAGAAGGAAACAGAAGAGUCAUGGUUUAAGUGAACUCAUGGGCUUGUUUGUAGGAAGUUUAAGGUCCGUGUCAGACAAUGAGAAAAUGUAUUUCCUCAAGUGGAUGACAAUUAUGCUGGAUGACUUUACUUUAGACACACUUAAGGACAUCCUUCAGGAGUACGACCAAAAAUGGUCAGAAAUGCUGGAUUUGAAGAAAACACAUAAAGAAUCUCCACAGAAACUAAAAGAUGAACAAAUAAAACUUGAAAAGAUCUCCAAAAAGCUUAAUGCUGCCACCUUUGGUUUGGAGCACAUGCUGAGAGAGAUGGGUCAGAUUUAUGAAGCUUCAGUCUCUGAGAGAAGAGAGGAUAGAGUGAAGGAUCAAGAUCUUUCUUACCUUCCUGAACUUGCUGCUGAACUCAUGAUAUCUGGUAACCCAAUGGAGCUGAUGGACGGUGAUGCUGCUCAUGUUCCUCUGGUCUGGGUUUCAGCAGUUCUGGAUAAGGUCAUCAGGAAACUGGGAGACCAGAGAGUCUUUGUGUUGUCAGUUCUGGGAAUUCAGAGCUCAGGGAAAUCCACCAUGCUCAACGCCAUGUUCGGACUCCAGUUUGCAGUCAGUGCUGGAAGAUGCACCAGAGGAGCCUUCAUGCAGCUGGUGAAAGUGUCUGAAGAGAUGAAGGAGGAACUGAAGUUUGACUACAUUCUGGUUGUUGAUACUGAAGGUCUCAGAGCUUUAGAACUGGCUGGAACAGACACCAUACAUCAUGAUAAUGAACUGGCAACAUUUGUUGUAGGUCUUGGAAACAUGACUUUGAUCAACAUCUUUGGAGAAAACCCAUCAGAGAUACAGGACAUCCUUCAGAUUGUUGUUCAGGCCUUCAUGAGGAUGAAGAAGGUCAGACUGAAUCCCAGCUGUGUGUUUGUUCAUCAGAAUGUUACUGAUGUUGCAGCUGGAGAGAAAAACAUGGAGGGAAGAAGAAGAUUACAAGACAGACUGGAUGAAAUGACCAAGUUAGCUGCUAAAGAUGAAGUGUGUGAUGCAGAAUGUUUCAGUGAUAUCAUUGCAUUUGAUGUACAGAAGGAUGUGAAGUACUUUUCUCAGCUCUGGGAGGGCAGCCCACCCAUGGCUCCACCAAACCCACGCUACAGUGAAAAUGUUCAGGAGCUGAAGAGAGACAUUGUUUCUCGUGCAUCAAAAACAAACUGCAUGAAAUUAUCACAGUUUCAGCAGCGAGUGAAAGAUCUCUGGGAGGCUCUGCUGAAUGAAAACUUUGUCUUCAGUUUCAGGAACACACUAGAGAUAUCAGUGUACAGGAAACUGGAGGAGGAGUAUGAGAAAUGGACCUGGAGUCUCAGGAGUGCCAUGUUGAGUAUUGAAGACAAGAUGCUGAACAGAAUUUCCAGUGGAGAGGUGGAAGCAGUGGGAAAACAAGAGCUGAUGAGAAAUAUGUUCGAGACCCUGCAGAAAGUUCAAACAGCUUUUAAAAAGUAUUUUGAAGAAGACAGUGAAAAGGAAACUCUGAUUCAGUGGAAAAGCAGAUUUGAGACACAAAUACAACACCUUCAUGAUGACCUUGUAGAUGAGGCCAAAAGAAAACUGGAUGAGAACAUUAAACAGAAAAACAUUCGAAAAGAUCUGGAUGAGCAGCUGAAAAAUCAUGAGAAGACCAUGUUUGAAAAGAGUAAAGAACUCGCUCUGAAACUUAAAGAAGUUGGAAGUCAAAACAGAGAUCCAAAAGCAGAAUUUGAUUCAGUGUGGGGAAAGUGGGUCACUGAUCUAAAUAAAGGUCUUCCAGAAAUCAAAGAUAUAAACAUCUCAAAUGAUGUCAUUAACAUCCUGGGGGGAGUGUUUUCUGAAUACAGUCUUGUAUUUGAUCAAAAGAAAAGUGCUGCUUACAGAAGGAUUGAUAUUGAUAGUUACCAAAACUAUGUCUCUAUUAAAAAGAACAUGAUUGUAAAAACUUUAGAAACAUUGAAAUUCAUGGAAAAGUCUCUUAAACCAGAAGAUCAGAUAUCAAUACGAGAGCUGAUUUCUAAAGUCAUCCAACAAACAACAAAAAAAGUGAAUUCAUUUCCAGUCUCAGUGCAGGGAUACAGCUCAGUCUACAUCCAGGAGAUUGUACGAGAUGUCAAACAACUAGUGCUGAAGUUUAAACCAAGACGUGACUCCUUUGAGUUUAAGAAAGAGUUCUUUGUUGAUCUCUCUCUUUAUGUGUGUGAACAAGCUGAGAAACGCUUUGUAGAACGUCACAGGAAAUACAGAGAAGCAAAUGAUCCAAUUCUUCACUUUGAAAAGAAAAAGGAUGAUUACUUCAAAGUCUUUAUGAAAUACUACCAGGGAGCAACAUCUGCAGCAGUGCUUGGAGACCAAAUCUGUGUUAAACUGAAAGAAACAAUCCUGCAGAGUGUGUACAAUAUGACCUCUACCUUCAUCUGUGAUCAGAUGAGAGGAAAACCUCCAUUUAAUGGGAACAGAGGAGAUCUGGAGAAGCACAUUCUGAAGACUCUGGCAGAGCAGAAGGGAGAUAAGGAGGAGAAGUUUAAUAACUUCUUAACAUACAUGAACCAGCCCAGGACAUACUUUGAAAAUUUUAUCAGAGACAGAGUUAGACAGUACAUGGCAGCACAAAACUCUCAGGCAGCUUCUGUAAUAAAAGACCACAUCGACCACAAACAGAGAAUUAUCAUUAAUGCAGCAGAAAAAGCCAGAGAUAAAAUCAAACUCAUGAGAGGAAAUGUAAACAAGUGGCUGAAGAUUUUCUCCAACAGUCUUGUAGAUGAGUUAGGAGAUACCAGAGUUCACCUGAGUGAUGAGGUCACGAAGGAUGUCACUGAUUAUGAUAUUCUUGUGGAUGUUAUGAAAAAAGAGCUCUUGGUUGUUGUUGAAGAGCUGAAAGUAAACCUCUGUAAGCUUUCAGAUCUGAGAAAGGAGAUGUUCAGAGAAAAGCCUGAGGAGAUUCUGAUCAAACAUUUUUGUGGGUACUGCUGGAAGCAGUGUCCCUUCUGUGGAGCCGUCUGUACCAACAGUCAAGAAAAUCACACUGAAAAACACCAGGCUGAAUUUCAUCGCUCAGGUGGAAUGAAAGGAUGCUAUUUUAAAGAUACCACUGAGUUUUCUAUCAACUUUUGCACAACAAAAGUAGCAACAGAGGAUCUGUCUUUUUCAGCAGGCAUUCCAGAGAAGUACUACCCUUACAGAGAGUUCUGGACUGCAGGAGGAGAGUACGCUGAAUGGAGCAUCUCUCCUGAUUUUUCUUCUCUGGCCUACUGGAAAUGGUUUGUUUGUGAAUUCCAGGAAAACCUUGAAAAAUACCAUGAGAAAACGUUCAGUGGAAAAGGAAAGAUUCCGCCUGAAUGGAAAACUCUGAUAAAGUCUGAUGCAGUUGCAAGUUUAAGAAUAAAUAAACUUCAACAAUUCUGGUAUUUACAAAACAUUGGACACAAAUGGUAACACAAAAUCUUAUGGAUCUCACCUGGCAAAAUAAACCUGAAGCUGUAUUUGAACAACACAGAACAUUACUUUGCUCCAUCAACUACAGCUGGGAACCAUCUUACUGUACUGAUUACAAAACCACAGAAGAAUAGACUGCAGCACUUAAAGAUCAUUUAAAAGUAUAAGGUUGCAUAAUCUGUAACUCACUGCAUAGUACAGGCAUGUUAGAUGAAUUAAAAUAAGGACAGUGAAAUUUAGAAUGUUGGAUUUGUUUUGAAUGAUGUAAUGCCAUUAUUAGAAUCAACACAAAAGUACUCAGCUAUCCUACAAUGGAUUAUUGUUUUUUUUUUCUCAUAUAGUUUAAUAGUUGUUUUAUUCUUAUAGCUUCUUCUACUGUUCAUUUACACAUGGAAUAUGGUUGUAUAAUCUGCAUCUUUACUUUAUGACUUAAUAUUAGAGUCAGAUUUAGAAGUUCUUUGUAACCAGUAGUAAUUAUUGAAUGUUUAUGAUUAAUAGUGGUGAAUAGUUUAGAAUAAAAAUGAUUGCUAUUUACACCAACAUG